GACGGUGACUCUCCUGGUUCGGCAUUUGCCGGAGGCGAUUCCGAACGAUAUGCUCUCCCGCCUCUUCUCUCACUACGGCGCCUCCGCCGUUCGCCCUUGCGCCGGUGGCAAAUUAAGAAAUUGCGCCUUUGUUGAUUUCAAGGAUGAGGCUUUGGCUACUCAAGCACAAGCUCAAAUGAACAGGUUGAGAUUUCUUGGGAAAGUAUUGACAGUAGAGCGAGUGGGCUCAAAUCCAAAGAGCACAAGCACAAAAAGUGAAGCCCAACCUAAGGACUCCAGUCAACCAGCAUCAUUGCUGAAAGAUCCUGCCAACCCAGUGAACUCAGUUUAUGCUAGCGAACCAAUUGCUUCGAGACUUGGUGUGGACUAUCCAUUCCCUCCCCAUCUUGAGUAUGCAUAUCCACCUCCAGAUGGAAAUAUACUUACCAAUAUUGUAAAUUCCCUUAUCGCCGUUCCUCGUUUUUAUACACAGGUUCUACAUUUAAUGAACAAGAUGAAUCUUCCAGCCCCUUUUCGUAUGGCACUGCCAACACCGCCUCUCCCACCUCCAGUUCCUGCCCCUCCUCCUCCACCACCUCCUGUUACAGCUGACCAUCCACGGGCUGAUCUAUCAAGUGACGAAUCUGAGAUGGAGUCAUCAGAAGACGAUGCUGGUGAUAAUCGCAUUAAAAAACGUGUAAAACGAGAAGCAAUUGUAGGCCCUGCAAUUGAUAAGGGUGUGGCACAUGAAGCCGUUGGUUUGAGGCCUGCCAGCUUGGUUCCAAAAGAGGUCCCAUUGAUAAAAAGGAAAAACCCGGUGCUACAGAUAAAAAUUGCCCCUAAGGCACCCCAAAAAGGGAUUACUGAUGAUGCUACUGACGGUAAAGAAUUGACUGAGCCUGUACAAGAGCAGGUUGAGCAAAAGCCUUACGCCGCACCAGAGGACAUACAAAAGGGGAAGUUACCUCCAGAGGAAAUAUUAUCUCUGCCUAUGUUUAAGAACUAUGCUGCUGGGAACCCUGCUAUGGUCUUGUACAUAAAGAAUUUGGCAAAAGAUGUGGUUUCUGAUGAUUUCUACUACAUAUUUGGUUCACUGUUUGAAAAUUUGGAAGCUGCAAGAUCUGGUCUUCAUAUCAAAUUAAUGCAAGAGGGGCGAAUGAGGGGUCAGGCUUUUGUGACAUUUCCAUCAGUUGAUCUUGCUCAGCAUGCUCUGAAUCUAGUCAAUGGUUACGUGUUCAAAGGCAAACCAAUGAUAAUCCAGUUUGGUCGCAAUCCUGCUGCUGGAAAAUGAAUCUAAAAGGACUAAACUGCAACUGGAAGUGAUUUUUCCUGAUUCCAGGAGUUUCUAGAUGUGUAUGCUCUCAGUUCGAGUUUAAUGUUUCGUAGUGCAUUCAUUUGUGGACGAACACAUUUUAAUAUAGGAGCAGUUCAGAGACGUUGGAAGUCUGGGACUGGAUUUCAGUAUGAAUUUUUUUGGAUUGAAAGAUCUCUGGAUUGCUGGAGCACCGAGAGGGAAACUGGUAUCUAAGUUACAUUAAAAUGGUAAAACGGCAUAUCUUCAGAUACAAUAGCAAGGAAAUUGAAGCAAUAACGAGCUAGCUUCUCUCUAUUUCAUCCCGGGCCAUUUUUUGCCAGCCGUGCUGUUUGGAGUUCACUUAGCUGUACAAGUCUUGUUUUCUUUGGUUUGGCUAGAAAUUUGUCCAUAUUUAUGAAUCCAUCUAAAUAUAGUAAGGAAAUUAAACAACCUUAAUGUUUUCACUAUGUAUAACUCUUCAACUUUAUGAAUUAGGGGGGAAAACUACUUUCAUUUUCUUUGCUGUACUACAGGAUACAUGAGACGCGUAUAAGACCCAUUGGACUGCUUUCAAGUCCCUUCCAACA